AGUCAGGCCGCAGCCGCUUCCUGGCCGUUGCGCACAGCUCCUUGCCAACCCAGCGUUAGGAAAGAGCUUCUGCUUUCAGUGCCGGGGAGCUCCGCUGCCGCCGGAGGUGCUCACCUCCCUCUGCUCGGCCGGCCGCGAUGGCGCUCAGGAGGGAGGAGAACUCAUAGGCAGCGUCCGUGGAUGGGAAAUGGAACACCCGGAGGGGAAAGAGGCGGCGGGGCGACACCUGAGAGCAAAGCUGAAGGACGGCAGGAAACCCCCCCCCGCAGCGGACGGACGGGCGCGGGGUCCCCCCGCAGCUUUCCUCGCGACGGAGCCGGGUCGGGCGCUCACGCCGGGCUCUAAGGGCGAACCGCCCCCCGGGUCUCCCCUCGCCGGGAGGGUGGGCGGCAGCAGAACCCCUCCGACGCGCAGCAAAGCCCAGAGUGAGGGUCCCGGCCCCCGUCCGAUGCCCGUUCCGCAGAGCCCGGAGUGGAUGGCGCGGCUGAAGAAGGGCGUCGCUCCGAGGGCCGCCUCCCAACCCCCCGCAGCCACGCCGGGAGGACGGGACGCGGCGGACGACAGGGGGGUCGGAGCCACCUCCCAUCCCCCCGCGAGGAACCCAGCCUCGCACAAAUGGCCGCUGCUCAACGACGCGGCCGCUCCGGCGGUCCCCGCUGCAGGCGCAGCCGCUGCCGGUGGGAUCCGGGGGCAAACUCCGCGCAGGAAGCCGCUGCCGCACGCCGCGUUGCUGGGAGCGAGGCCGGCAAAACCCCGGCGGCCUCCGGGGGUGGAUCUGGAGAAGUUCCAUAGGGCUGCACCCCCCGGGGAGCCCGGCCGCACUGCCGUGGGGUCGCGGAGUGCUGUGCUGGGUUACCCAACGCCGUUCCCACCACGGGAUGCUCUGAGCACAGCAGGUGGUGAGGAGGAGAUAUAUGACGACGUUGAGCUGAUCAGGAGAGACCGAAGCUUUCCGCCGCCCCCCACGUUCCGGCCGCCAGCACAUCUCCACCCCAGAGGAGGGGGAGGUGCUGCUCGGACCCAGAGCACGGUUGCACUGCUGGUUGCUGCACAAAGAGGAGCUCAGAGCUCCCGGAAGAUGAAGCCGAUGACACUCAAGGAAUGCAAGAAGGAAGAGAAAGCGGACAGGGAGUUUCAAAAGAAAUUCAAGUUCGAAGGGAACAUCACCGUCCUGACCCAGAUGAUGGUUGACCCUGCGACGACGGAGAAGAGGGGCGGGGGGAAGAACCUCCCACUCAGACGGGGAGAGAUCCUGGAUGUCAUUCAGUUCACCAACAAGGAGCAGAUCCUCUGCAGGAACAGCCAGCGGAGGUACGGUUAUGUGCCCCGCGCUGUGAUGCUGCACCUGGACAGAGACAUCUACGACGAUGUUGAUCUGUAUGAAUGACCAGGAGGACCACCAGACCCCAAAGGCCGAAGCUCUGAUGCUGGAGGGGCUGCGAGGGUCGGCCCUGCAGAGCAGAGGUUUGGGAAGGUCCUUCAGAUGGAGCCCUGCGGCGCUUUGUUUGAUUUGUGUGAAACGUGGCACUGAUUUGUGUGGUCCUGUA